AUGUCAUCUUCUUCUCCCAGUCCCGAGGAGAGCGAGCAUGAGGAUGACCCAGAUGUCGACCGCCAAGCCAGCUCUGAGCAGCAAGAGUCGGAGCAGACGAAGAAGAAAAAGAAAGGCGUCUUGUCGCCUCCUCGGUCACUGAAAGAACAUCAUGACCCCGAGGGCCAUGGAAAGAUGGUGACUGCCGCCCUUCUCGAGUUCUAUUGUCAGUCACGAGCUGCGGAUAUACUGAACUCGCAACCAGGCUCAGAGGCACAAUACACCCGAGACUCCCCCGAGGCAUUGUAUUUGGGAAAUCAGAUGUACGUUCAUCAAUCCCAAUUCCUCUCUAAGGCUGGUGUUCUCCAGGAAGGCUCGGAAAAGGAGGAAAUGGGGCCUACGAGACAAUUUUACCGAAACACGCUGGAUGUGCUUGCUCGGGAUGCUCUAAAAGGCAUGCGAAAACAUGAAGCGUCCAAGGGAACAGCAGGAUCGAAGCCCUCGAGCGAAAUACAGCUCCAUUCGACGAAAGGUCGUUCGAUCUUCGCGUCACCCCGAACUAACAUACCCCUUGAGGACCUGCAGCUUGACAUGGACAGGAUAGCCAGGAAGCUGCCUCUGCCUCCAUUCCUGGGAAACUCGGCGUCGCCGUUUCCUCUUUUCGACAACAUUUCUCAGAGCCACGGCAUACAUAUGUCGCGUUACGCCCGUGAUUUUUCUGAAAUUGGCGUGCUAGGUCGGGGCUCAUUUGGGGAGGUCUACCAUGUGAAAAAUAACUUUGAUGGGCAAAAUUACGCGAUCAAGAGGAUACCUAUCAGUAAGCGACGAAUGGAGCAACUGCAAGCUGGCAAGAAAAACCAGCUGGAGACUAUCUUGAAAGAGAUUCGAACAAUCGCAAAACUCGAUCAUGCAAAUGUCGUGCGGUAUUACAGCGCUUGGGCAGAACAUGUAAAUCCCCUCGACUAUGAUGCUCCCACAUCAGAAACAUCCUCAAUUGCUGACAGGUUAUCCCCGCAGAUGAGCUUUUCAUACCACUCUAUCACGGACAACCGGAAGGAGCCACUUCCAGUUGUCUUUGAGAAUUCAGAGGCUUCGGCUUCCGUUCGAUGCUCGUCUACAUCGAAGGUCACAACUAUAGACAGCGAAGACGAAGACCAGUCAGCCCCUUACGUCCCCGACAAUCCCUCCCAGGAUCAGCUUUCUUCAAUCGGGGGCACGACCGAAGACAUCUUUACGGAUGACCGCAGUCACGAAGUUUCGGUGCAAGUUCGACGCAACCAGAGCACUCAACAAAUCCCUGCACUAAUCCUGCAUAUUCAAAUGUCAAUGCAUCCAAUAUCUCUCCACGCAUAUCUGAGCCCUGAACCCAGCGAAUGCACACAUCCAGAAGGGAGCCCACCGCGCCGCCACUGCUUUCAUUUGAUACCAUCUUUACAACUCAUGUUGGAUAUCCUUUCCGGAGUACUUUAUCUGCAUUCGAAGGACAUCAUCCAUCGUGAUCUCAAGCCGGCCAAUAUCUUCCUGUCAUGUCCGGAAAAGCAUCACACCCAUAGCUGUCCCCGCUGCCAAUCCGACGGUGGCCCAGGUCUUCACUACUGCCAGCCUCGGAUCGGGGACUUUGGCCUUGUGGCUGAUCUCUCGCAUCUGAACGAGACUCCGCGGGACGAGACAGCCCAGUCAUCAGAACACGGGUCGACGAUCAACCACGUUGUAGGCACGGAGUUCUACCGCCCGCCUCUGGACUCAAGCGGAAUGAUUUCAAGCGGGUUCGUUCGUCGAUACACUCAAGGCGAGCAGCCGGGCAGAUAUGUCUGCGACUGGUCGCUUGAUGUCUAUUCGCUCGGCAUCAUUCUGUUUGAGUUGCUGUACCCCUUGAAAACGAGGAUGGAACGCCAACUAGUUUUGGAAGUCUUGACGGACGGGCCGUACAAACCGUACAAAAAGAAACCGUACAAAAAGCCAACGGCUGCGUCCUUCAGGGGCGCAUAUGUCCCCAAAGACUUUCAGGAUGAAGUUGACAUGGGCAGCAUAGUGCUGAGCAACGGGGACACUGUUGCAGAGUCCUUGGCGAGUUGCAUUGCAGGUAUGUUGGAUCCCGAUCCUCGUCGGCGCUGGCAAUGUCAGGAUAUUCGGAAACAAUUGCAAGACAUCCUUGCUUUUGUGCACACAAACCCGGCCACGACCUCUGCCGCAUCUUCUUGUUGA